CAUUGUUGUGGUCAAAUUCAUUGGCCUCGGUUUCAUCGAUCAGUCCUUCACCCGCUCCGGCCGACGCGCGAGGAAAGAGUCGAGACUCGAGACCACGGCGGUGACGGCAGCAAAGAUGCUCCUUAUCCCAGCCCUCCGCUCGGGCCUUCGCCCGCUGGUGGCUUUGGGUCACUCCUCCUUCUCCACCCUCACCACCUCCGCGGCCGCCGUGGAGGCCGAGAGGACCACCCGUGACGGUCCCAGGAACGACUGGAGCAGGGACGAGAUCAAGUCUAUCUACGAUUCUCCCAUCCUUGACCUCCUCUUUCACGGUGCUCAAGUUCAUAGGCAUUAUCAUAAAUUUCGGGAAGUUCAGCAAUGCACUCUUCUAUCUAUAAAGACUGGUGGAUGUAGUGAGGAUUGCUCAUAUUGCCCCCAAUCAUCGAGGUAUGAUACUGGUUUGAAAGCUCAAAAGUUGAUGGGCAAGGACCCUGUCAUGGAAGCGGCAAGGAAGGCAAAAGAUGCUGGAAGCACACGUUUUUGCAUGGGGGCUGCUUGGAGGGAUACAAUUGGUAGAAAGACCAACUUCAACCAGAUCCUUGAAUAUGUGAAGGAGAUAAGGACUAUGGGUAUGGAAGUUUGUUGCACGUUGGGCAUGAUAGAGAAGCAGCAAGCAGAGGAACUUAAGAAAGCAGGGCUGACAGCCUACAAUCACAAUCUAGAUACUUCAAGAGAGUAUUAUCCCAACAUCAUAACAACCAGAUCUUAUGAUGAAAGAUUGGAGACUCUUCAACAUGUUCGUGAGGCAGGAAUUAGUGUAUGUUCAGGAGGGAUAAUUGGCCUUGGAGAAGCAGAGGCAGAUCGUGUAGGACUGUUACACACCCUUGCAACGCUCCCUGUGCAUCCCGAGAGUGUUCCUAUCAAUGCUUUGGUUGCUGUCAAGGGUACACCUCUUCAGGAUCAAAAGCCUGUUGAGAUAUGGGAGAUGAUUAGGAUGAUCGCCAGUUCUCGCAUCAUAAUGCCAAAAGCCAUGGUGAGACUAUCAGCGGGUAGGAUUCGAUUCUCCAUGCCUGAGCAAGCACUGUGUUUUAUGGCUGGUGCCAAUUCCAUCUUCACCGGAGAGAAACUAUUGACCACUGCAAACAACGAUUACGAUGCCGACCAAUUAAUGUUUAAAAUCCUGGGAUUGACUCCAAAAGCACCAAGCUUUUCUGAAGCAGGAACAGGAACAUCAGUUGAACCAGAGAGAUGGGAGGCAGCAGUCUCUCUCUAGUUCCUUUUUAAAGGGUGCGAAUGGCGCAAAAAUAGACGAGAAAUAAAUUUUAAAAAAAUUCAGUCCGGCCAAUGUGGAGGCUUGGUCUUCUGGUUCCACUGAUUCUUAUGAAGCCAGCAAACAGAUUUUGGAGAUUGAAUAAACUAAGGAUGGUCUGGUCUGCUUCCCUACGAACUGCUUAAUGCUACAUUAAAUCACAUUGCAACUCUAUUUCGUGAAACUGAGUGUUUUAUUUGUACUUACCGUCCUGUCUUGGUAGUUGUGUUUUAUAGGAUCUGAUGUAUGUUCAGGACUUCCCAUGCCAAAUUUUUAUUAUUUCUAGUCGGUGAGACGAUUGUGGUAUACAUAACACAAUAGGUAAUACGAAGCAUUAUUUAAUGAUUUCCCUGCA